CUUAGUAUACAUACGAUGUCAACGGCGUUUGUAUUAGUAACGAGUGGAGCGUCGGUAGUCACAAUAACUAUGCUGAUUGCUAUGGGUAUUAUUGUGAACGACAUUAAUAGCCUUCACGAUGAGAUCACGGAAGGAAUGAAGGAGUUUAGGAACUACCAUUCUCUCAUAAAAAAACGCAAGGCUGACUCUGUCGAACGACCUCAACAAGCGUACGGUUGUGCAUGUGCAGCUGCGAUUUCGAACUGCCCACCUGGAUCUCAAGGACCUCCUGGAAUUCCAGGUCCUCCAGGAGAGCCAGGACUUGACGGAACGCCUGGCAGUCCCGGUGUUUCUGGCGUAGGGGUGCUAAUCCAACAACAGACUUCAACAGCAUGUAUAAAGUGCCCAGCUGGACCACGAGGAGUACAAGGUCCACCGGGAGAAAUGGGUCCGCAAGGCCCGGUUGGACAACAAGGUCGUCAAGGAAUGCCAGGAAGCCCAGGUGAAAAUGGUUUACCUGGACCUCGCGGCGACAAUGGCAUGCCUGGAUUCCCGGGCAUGAGAGGAAUGCCUGGUCCACCUGGAUUGUCAGGAACGCGCUAUACGCAUGGAAGUGGAGGUAGGCCUGGUCCACAAGGUCCGCCGGGACCCACGGGUCCACCAGGUCAGGAUGGUGAGAUGGGUUGUGAAGGACCCGAAGGAAUGCCUGGACCACCGGGAAUCCAUGGACGCGACGGCACUCCUGGUCAUGAUGGCCAAUCCGGAAUGCCAGGUCAGCCUGGAAACGAUGGAAAGGACGCUCACUACUGUCCAUGCCCUGCAAGAACUACGACUUUUUGA